UCUUGCUGUUAUUAAGUUGACACUGUUUGCUUUCUAAAUUUACUUUGUAUGUACGUGAAGUGAUCUAAAAACAACAUUAUGGGCAGUUUUCCAGAGCAACAGCACCCCAAAGAAGCUUUUGGAUGGGCAGCUAGAGACAGUUCCGGCUACCUUACCCCCUUCAAAUUCUCUAGAAGGGCAACAGGAGAAAAGGAUGUAGCUUUCAAGGUGCUUUAUUGUGGGAUAUGUCAUUCAGAUCUUCAUACGCUCAAGAACGAAUGGAGCAAUUCCAUCUACCCUCUUGUCCCUGGGCAUGAGAUAGUUGGUGAAGUGACAGAGGUGGGAAGCAAGGUAGAAAAGUUCAAAGUAGGUGACAGAGUGGGAGUUGGAUGCCUGGUUGGAUCAUGCCGCUCCUGUGACAACUGCGUCAACAAUCUGGAAAACUACUGCCCACAAAUGAUAUUCACCUAUGCAGCAAAGUACUACGAUGGAAGCAUUACAUAUGGAGGUUACUCCAAUACCAUGGUUGCUGAUGAGCACUUCAUUAUCCGAAUUCCCGAUGAUCUACCACUUGAAGCUGCCGCUCCCCUUCUCUGUGCUGGGAUCACAGUUUAUAGUCCAUUGAAAUAUUUUGGACUUGAUCAGCCUGGUUUGCAUGUUGGCGUGGUUGGCCUUGGUGGGCUUGGUCAUUUGGCAGUGAAAUUUGCCAAGGCUAUGGGAGCCAAGGUGACAGUAAUCAGUACCUCUCCUAACAAAAAGAAGGAAGCUAUUGAAAAUCUUGGUGCUGAUUCAUUUUUAAUUAGCAGCGAUCAGGAUCAGAUGCAGGCUGCCAUGGGUACAAUGGCUGGUAUCAUUGAUACAGCAUCUGCUCCACAUUCUUUGCUGCCAUUGAUUGGUUUAUUGAAGUCUCAUUCCAAGCUUAUUCUGAUUGGUGUUCCAGACAAGCCACUUGAGCUACCAGUCUUCCCUUUGAUCGUAGGGAGGAAGGCAGUAACAGCAAGCUUCUCCGGAGGGUUGCAGGAGACUCAGGAGAUGAUUAAUUUUGCAGCCAAACAUGAUUUGAAACCAGACAUUGAAGUUAUACCUAUAGACUAUGUGAACACUGCCAUGGAACGCCUUGCCAAAGCAGAUGUCAAAUACCGAUUUGUCAUCGACAUUGGGAACACAUUGAAGGCCACCUCUUAACUUUGUGGUGCCAGAACCAGGUCAAGUUGACAUAUAUCUUGGCAUAGAUUCUUAUCCUUUGUAAUUUAAUUCCUGGUUUUUAUCAACUUUGGAUGAUGGUGUAAAAGCUUUUAUGGCAGAUUACUGUCAAGCUAGCAUGAAAAAAAAUAGUUGUUUUAUAUAGAGAUGUGGGGUAUUUUAGAUAAAAUAUUGUAAUUAAACCAUGAAUUUAUGGAUCUUGCAUGUA